AUGCCUCCAGGGCGUAAUGUCGCAGUUUAUGACGUCCGCGCUGCUGCAUCGCUUCCGUCGCGCAAGCGCAACCAAGUUCAUUAUCUUGCUGAUAGCGAUGACAAAGACUACGGCUCUUACGACGCGAGUCCCAGCUUCAAGAAGCGCAAAUCGACUGGAGGGAACACCGUGAUUGACCUGACUGUGGACGACGACGAUGAGGUCGACAACUACUCCCACAAACGCAAGGAACCACCAAAAAAUAACGCCAGAAGCGACAAGGGCAAAAACGAAGAGAAACGCAUGCGCCGAUUUCGCUCGCAUCCACCGCAAUCCUACCUGGUAAUAAAACAGCGCGCCCUGAGCCAGCGUUUGACGGUGAUAACCCGCGAGCGCGUUGGCACCGACGACGAGCCAGAGGAGAAAGUCACAAUGGCAGGCUCGACGGGCAACGUGUACACACAGCACAUCGGACACGUGCCGAGCUGCGACUGUCCCCAUGCGAAAAAAGGAAACCAAUGCAAACACAUCAUCUACGUUAUGCUCCGCGUCCUGAAGGCCGCCGAGAAUAUUGCAUACCAACUCGCGCUGACGUCAUCUGAACUACAGGAUCUGUUCCGUAACGCUGCUCCGAUACCCAGCGCUGAUUCCGGGAUUGGAGACGGGCAUGAGACCGAGAUGGAUGGCAACCGCAAGAAAAUCGAAGGGGAAUGUCCCAUUUGUUACUGCGACUUCGAGCCCGGUACGGAAGCUAUCGUCUACUGCAAGGCUGCGUGCGGAAACAACGUACACAAGAGCUGCAUGCAAUCCUGGAUCAUUGCGAAGGGCAUAGGUAGGGCUACUUGUCCGUAUUGUCGAGCCAAGUGGGAGGACAGUGAUGGUGGUAGUUUCAGCGGGAAGGUGGAUCUCAAGAGCGCGAGACGGACUGAGGAAGGAUACAUCAACAUCGCAAGCCAGCUCGGAUUGUCAGACGAGCGGGACUACUCGUCGUACCACCAACCAUGGUCCCGACAGCAAGGCUUUGGCGGGUAUCGAUAUAGCAGGUAUUGA